AAACGAAAGUAUAUUUGUGUACUUUUCCUCGUUUUUGGUGGCCGGAGAUUACUGCAGCACUCUGAAGUCCUCAUUUUGUUUGAAUCUAAACUGUCUAAUGCAUCGGAUCUUUCCUCGUAGUUUUAUUCAUUUUCUUAUCAAUCAAACAGGUUUAAUUUUUACAAGUUUUGGAACUGAAAAGAUUUGUCAGUAUCGUUAUUCCUUCCUAGUUUCCUUUUUAAUCAAGGAUCCGGGCCAAUAUUUGAUCGUGAAUAGUAUGCUCAGACCUGAUGAAAAGAUGUUUGUUUAUCUUCGCCUUUUUGCCCUUUUGCUUUUCGGCAUUUGGGUUUGGCUUCACUUGAUUUUUUCGUUUAACAGGAAUCUGAUGUUCAACUUUGAACUUUAUAUUAGGGGUGGUCAUAUACCGUCGAACAGAUAUGCUUUAUCUCUUUACGAUACCACGAAGACUUUAAUCUAAUAGGACAAAUAAUCUUUGCUAUUAUUUCAAUUUUUUGUUCAAUCUACAAUGAAAUCAAAUAGAGACGGUAUUAUGAGUUUGUAUUCAGAGUGGAUUUUGUCAUACCCAGCCCAAAGCCUAGGCUCAAUAUCCGUUUAAGCCCAGCCGGCCCAGGAAAAAUAAAAGGUGAACGAAACCACUCAGUCUCUGUUUUGUCCGAGUGACAAAAUCCCUGUUUCUUUCUUCCCCGUCUCCCACGCUACGUCCAGCGCCCCCCUGCCCCUACUCUGUGCACAACACCACCCGCGUCUCUCUCCGCUCGUCCCUCUCUCUUCCAGUCUUCCUCUCUCUCCGUCCGUCCCGCUCGCUUAUUAUGUGAGUUUCUGCUGCCCAAGCUCAACGCUAUUCUCCCUUCGUUUCCUCGACGUCCGACCACAACUCCACGCCGAUAAAACUCUACGAGCUUCUCUCCCUCACUCGGCCUCUUUCUCUCUCUCGUUACCGCCCUCCUCUCUCUCUAAAACUCUCAGCGGUCGCUCACCACUGGGCUACAGCCAACAACGCCUCCCACACUGCCGCUCGCUUCUCAACCCUAUUCAGCCUUGCCCACGCCAAAGACGGACGCCGCACACCUUACGCCACUCCCGCCCGUCGUCCACUGUCCCCUCCGUCGUCUGUUGCAGAACUCCGCCACAGGGCUCUAAAGUUCUUGAAAACCCGGACCUAAUACUGUAGACUGACUCUGUCAAGUGGAAUGGCUAUUUCAUCUUCGUUUUUCGCAUGUUCAUUGCAGGGGAGCAUGGCUGCUCCCAAAACAUUGAAUUGCUACAAAGAACUUUUGUGCAAUCGUUCAAAUCUUUUCUUCAAGCAAUCAGGAUGCAUCGAGUCAAUGUAUCAGUCACAUUCGAGGUUGUUACCCCAUAGUGUACUAUCAAAAUGGGAACAAACUGACCAAUUCGACAGAAUCCAGUGCCAUUCGUUGGAAGUUGAGACUGCACCUUCUUUUUCCAUAGGGAAGAAGUUUCAACUUGAUGAUGUAAUUGAAGCCCAACAAUUUAAUAGGGAUAUUCUCGGUGCUAUAUUUGAAGUUGCGAAUGACAUGGAGAAGAUAGAAAAUAAUUAUCCCGGAAGCCAAAUCCUUAAGGGUUAUCUUAUGGCUACUCUCUUUUACGAGCCAUCCACUAGGACUAGGCUUUCAUUUGAGUCUGCCAUGAAACGGUUAGGUGGGGAAGUUUUGACAACAGAAAAUGCACGGGAGUUUUCAUCAGCAGCUAAAGGUGAAACACUUGAAGAUACUAUAAGGACAGUUGAGGGUUACUCUGAUAUAAUUGUGAUGCGGCACUUUGAAAGUGGUGCUGCCAGAAGAGCAGCAGCUAUAGCUGGCAUUCCUAUUAUUAAUGCUGGUGAUGGUCCUGGGCAACAUCCUACACAGGCUCUUUUGGAUGUCUAUACCAUUGAAAGAGAGGUAGGAAAACUCGAUGGCAUCAAAGUUGCGCUAGUGGGUGACCUUGCCAAUGGAAGGACUGUCCGCUCACUUGCUUACUUGCUUGCCAAGUACCAAGAUGUGAGGAUUUACUUUGUCGCUCCCGAUGUGGUAAAAAUGAAGGAUGAUAUAAAAAACUACUUGACUUCUCAGGGAGUGGAGUGGGAAGAAAGCUCUGAUUUAAUGGAAGUGGCUUCUGAGUGUGAUGUAGUGUAUCAAACUCGUAUUCAGAAAGAAAGGUUUGGAGAGAGACUUGACCUUUAUGAAGAAGCUCGAGGCAAGUACAUCGUAGAUCAGGCUGUCUUGGAUGUUAUGCAGAAGCAUGCUGUGGUCAUGCACCCUCUUCCCAGGCUUGAUGAGAUUACUGUGGAAGUUGAUAGGGAUCCAAGGGCUGCGUAUUUUAGACAAGCAAAGAAUGGUCUCUAUAUUCGGAUGGCGCUCUUGAAACUCCUACUACUUGGGUGGUAAAGAUGCCUUCACAUACUAAUUCUUACUCGAAAAGCUCGAAAAGCUUGGGUUUUAUGGUUUAAUUUUGUUUGAAGAUUAAAAAAAAUUAAAAAAUUAAAAAAUCAUGUUCGAACGAGUUAUGAUUGCCGAAGCUGCGAGGAUUAAUUUUGCCGAAGCUGUUUUUAAA